CAGGUCCGCGCGGCCCCGCCCUUUCCGCUUCUCGGGCCUGACCUUCCUGCAGCUGGGCGGCGUUGCUGUGAGGCGAUAUUGACGCUUCCCUCGCGAUUCGGCCGAAGCGCUCCACUCUCGCGACAUCAUGGUGGCAUACUGGCGACAGGCUGGGCUCAGCUACAUCCGGUACUCCCAGAUCUGUGCAAAAGCAGUGAGAGAUGCACUGAAGACUGAAUUCAAAGCAAAUGCCGAGAAGACUUCUGGCAGCAGCAUAAAAAUUGUGAAAGUGAAAAAGGAGUAAUCUACCCUGAUUAAAGCUUGAAAUGCUACAUUUCCAAGGUGCAGAUAUGUGGGCACAUGUUAUGGCGGAUUGAAAGCAAUCUGGCUUCGUGGAAAAAAAAAACCUGUCUUGUUCAUAGAUCAACAAUGCCAAUAAAAUGAAGUGUGGUUUACUC